ACCUUCCUCCGCCAACAGAGGUGUCAUACAAGUGGCUCAGUGAGAUUACUGUGAAGGUGUCAUGGUCGUGGCAAAGGCCUAGCGCGCUGCCAAAGGAGUGUGAGAUCAUGUACUUUGUCGGGCUGGUGGAUGACUCAAAUCCAGCUGUUUACAAGUGUGAGAUGCUUGUGCCUGAGAAAAACUUCAUCGGUAGUUGUCUCACAGAGCAAGUGGAUUCUGAUCAUUGGAAUUACACUGUUCGUGCCACUACCAACUGCAGUGGUUGGAAUAACAGCACAAAUGUGACUAAAACCAUUGAAAGCAAGACGCCACGAGCUGAAUUGUUGGAGAGCUUCGACUGUAUGUUUGGUGUUGAUGGAAUUAAAUGUUCAUGGACCCCACUGAACUCGACUCAGAACCCCACAAUAUCCUAUUGGGUUUGUGGCACACCUCCUGGAAAAUUCAGUUUGCAAGCAUGUCAACCAGACAGCAGUGGAGGAAGGCUUUAUUGUAUCCUGGACGUUGACAGAAUUGACCUCUGCUUUCUUGUUAACACCAGCACUGCAUGGAAAGUCUUUAGAAGUCCCAUUGGAACAGAAUCACCAAAGCUGAGCAUCACAGACAGGGAUGAACAACUAAUCUUAACUUGGCAAGCUCCAGAGACUAAUAUAAGUUGUACAUGGAUGUACGAAUUCAACUACACAAGAUGCAAGGCCCAAAAAUGCACGAACGUUUCCCUGCAGCUCUCUCAGAAUAAGAUGACCAAAGUGCCGUACACCAAAGGCUUCCUUUACAAUUUCACAUACAGAGUGUUGACCAAUGGCAGUUAUUGCCAGACAAUACUCGGCACAUGGAAUAAAAACGUAACUUAUGGUAUGGCCGACAACACUCAAGACUGGACGCUUAUCUCUGUGGCCCUCAUUGUCCCCACCAUUGUGUUUUUCUCCAUCAUUCUGUCCUGCUACUGCUUCAGGAAGUACAGCAGCAUUAUUUGCCCCAACACACCAGAUCCCUCUGCAAUCUUCAAAGAAAUGGUGAUGGACGGAAACAAGGCAUAUAAGACUGAGAAUCUGUACACGCCGAAGCCAGAACAAUCCUGCAGAGUAACCCUCAUAAGCCAAAGUGGCGAGCUGCAGCAAAACCCCUGACAUGCCCAGCCCCCCCGUGGCAUCGUCAUCCAUUGAGUUGUGAGCUGCCAUUUUGAAGCCUCGAGUUUGCCCAUAUUUGGCGGCGAAUCGAGUACACUGCACGCCCACCUGCGCCUGCGACCUGCACCCAUUGGACGAGAGUAACUGACACUGUGUACAUGCCCCAAUGCUCACUGUGGCACUAUCAUUUACAAAAUUGUGCUUUAUUGAAUAGGUUUUAAACUUUUGAUUGAGACCUGAAACUCUUAAUUUCCUCAUAGAAUUCUACAGGAAAUUGAAGUCCAUUUGCAACUAAAACAGUAGGGCACCAUCUGCUGGUCAUUGCAGAGAAUACAGGUGUCAGGCAACUUUGCAACUUCACUGGACUGAACUGGGUGAAUUCCUCAGUGACAUGUGUAGUAACUUAGCACCAGACUAAAAAGCUUUUUUCACUGACCUCUGAUGGAAGCGUCAAGUCGGCAACUGUUUUACGUUUUACAAGUGAGCUCUGUUUUACCUGUUCUGUUCUGACCUGAGCACAAUUCUGUACCACUCUGACCUCUAGAGGACGGGAAAGACGCAGUUCUCAGCUGCUAUUAAGGAAGUCAUGGUAAUGGGUGGUGUUAAAGAUGAUUCAAUCUCUGGAAAGUUAUUUUCGUAUGUUUAAGGACAUUAAAGGUUCAGUGUGUA